CUCACUCUCAAUCCAAAUCUGUUUGCAAAAAGCCGCCUUCGACGGGCGACAAGCUGCCGCCGGCAUCAUCACCUCGUCCUGUGUCCCAGAGCUCUGAAGUUCCUUCGAGGGCGACACCAGUCAAGGAAGAGCAACCCGAUCAGGAUCAUCUAACUCUGGAGGAGGGAGCAUCAUCGGCUGGCGAAGGUUCGACACCAGGUGGUGCUCCUAGUGGUGGUGCCUCUAGCUAUCCCCAAGAAGCCGGCGAUGCCGAGCAAUCGCUGAUGAAGAUGCAGCUCCAUGCCCAUCGCUUCCCGGCCAGUCCACUUGAUUUUCAACAGGCUCUGAUGUCCGCCGGUCCUCCGAGCUCCAGUCUGGAUCCGCCGGUGAAUAAUAAGCACUUUUGCCACGUCUGCCGGCGGAACUUUAGUUCCAGUUCUGCCCUCCAAAUCCAUAUGCGAACCCACACGGGUGACAAGCCCUUCCAGUGCAAUGUGUGCCAGAAGGCCUUCACCACCAAGGGGAAUCUCAAGGUACACAUGGGUACGCACAUGUGGACGAAUCCCACUUCGCGGCGAGGACGUCGUAUGUCCUUGGAGCUCCCAUGCGUCCUGGUCCCAAUCGGAACUGGACAUCCAGGAUCGAGUGCGGAGCAGGAGUUUAUGCAGCGAAGACCGGAGCUUUUCUUUCCCUACCUGCCGCCUUUCUUUAAUGGAUUGCCACCAAAGCCUGGUGAACUGAGUCCCGGCGCCUUUCCAACAUCCCUCCGCCGCCUUUUGCCAAUGGAGGAAAGCUUCCUGGGACAGCAUCCAUAUGGCAUGGAUCGCAGGAGCAGCAGCAAGUCACCCACACCAGAGCCGGCCCAGAGUCCCUCCCUGAGGGAGGAGGAAAUGGGAGCCGGCAGCAUUUGGCAUCCGCUGAGCAGGAUCAAGGUGGAGGGCAACCAGGGCGAGGCUCUGCUCCACGAGCAGGAUGACCAGGCGGAGGCUGAGACAGAGGCCACCGGUGGGGGAGACAUGGAGGAGUCAGAGUCAAGAGAUGCAGAGAAGUAA